CGGGGCCCUGACGGGCAUCCCCAGCUGCCACCGCCAUGGCGGAGACGGUGCCGCCAGUGGAAGCCUAUGAAGCCGCCAUGGUGCUGAGCGGGGUGGGGGACGCACUGGGCUACCGGGGGGGCCGCUGGGAGUACUGCACCUCCGGGCCCCACAUCCACGCCGAGCUGGCCCAGCUCGGGGGGCUGGAGGCUAUCACCCUCGAGCCCCCCGAGUGGCCUGUCAGCGACGACACCGUCCUCCACCUCGCCACCGCCGAGGGCCUGGCCACAGGCCUGGAGGGGGAACCUCUGCUGCAGGAGCUGGCUCGCCGCUACGUGGCCGCCAUGGGGGACAUGGAGGGGCGCAAGCCGGGGCCCACCAGCAUCCUGGGCACCUCCCAGCUGCGGCCAGGGGAGCCCGAGGGCUAUCGCAUCCCCUUCAACCCCACCGGUACCGGCUGCGGGGCCGCCAUGCGCAGCCUGGCCAUCGGCCUCAGGUACCCCCGCGCUGCGGAGCUGCCGACGCUGAUCCGCGUGAGCAUCGAGAGCGGGCGCAUGACCCAUCACCACCCCACCGGCUACCUGGGGGCGCUGGCCGUGGCCCUCUUCGGGGCGCUGGGGGCGCGAGGGGAGCCCCCACAGCGCUGGGGGGCCGAGCUGCUGCGCGUUCUGCCCCUGGCCUGGGACUACGUGGAGGGCACCGGGGUGGCCGUCGGGGACAACGCCGCCGCCUGGCCCUUCUUUGGGGAUGCCUGGCACCGGUACCUGGAAUCCCGGGGACUCCUGGAGGGCGGUGGCCCACUGAAGGUGCCACUGCUCCAGUCCCCGGCUGAGCGGGAUGCAGCGUACCUGGGCUGGGCGCUGGAAGGGUGGCCGGGCCGCAGCGGCCACGACGCACCCAUGGUGGCCCUGGAGGCCCUGCUGGCAGCUGGCGGCUCCUGGGAAGACCUGUGUGCCAGGGGGGUGCUGCACGGUGGGGACAGUGACUCCACGGGGACCAUUGCUGCCGGGUGCUGGGGGCUGCUGGGGGGGCUGGCGCCCAUCCCCCCCGGGCUGCACCGCGGCCUCGAGUACCGCGGGCGGCUGCGCGAUGCUGCCCACCGCCUCCACGCGCUGGCCUGGGGGACACGCUGAGGAUCCCCUGCCGUCCCCCUGCUGGGAAAGCCCCCAGGGUGCAGUGGGGACCUUCAGGGGGUCCUGGAGGGGCUCGAGAAGGGUCUUGGGGGGGGUCAGCUGGGACCUUCAUGGGAUGCUGGGGGGCUCAGGAGGGUCCAUGAGGGUCAGCAGGAGACCCCAGAACCUCCUCGAGGAGCCCCAGUCACCCUCCCCCCAGUAAAAAUGUGACCCCUCCGAGUCACUCUGUGUCCAGGUUUGUGCCCUGGGUGGGAUCCCCCCCCCCAAAGUCAAGUCUGCUCCAGGCCAAGUUCUGGCCCCCCCAGAAGGCUCCUGGAAAUUGAACACCUCGGGGGGCCUUUUCCUGGACUCUCUCCCAGUAAGUCCAGCUCUCAUGUACUGGUGGGGCAGGACUGAUGGCACCUGGUUGAAGGACACACAGGGUGGUGGGUCGCAGGGUGGUGGGUCGCAGGUUGGUGGGUCCCAGGGUAGUGGGUUGCAGUGUGAUGGGUCCCAGGGUGGUGGGUCCCAGGGUGAUGGGUCCCAGGGUGGUGGGUUGUAGUGUGAUGGGUCCCAGGGUGAUGGGUCCCAGGGUGGUGGGUUGCAGUGUGAUGGGUCCCAGGGUGAUGGGUUGCAGGGUGGUGGGUUGCAGUGUGAUGGGUCCCAGGGUGGUGGGUCCCAGGGUGAUGGGUCCCAGGGUGGUGGGUUGCAGUGUGAU